UUCUUUGCGUCAGAGCAGGAAGAGAACCUCAAAGGUACGACUUCACUUAAAACUGGUUGGUGUUGUACACGUUAAAUAUUGCUCAGAUUCAGGAUGUCAAGAUUCAGACAUUAAAGCCUUCAGCCACCAGGGCGCACAACCCUUAAGUGUAAAGUUAAACUCACCCUGAGUAUUUAUUAGAAAUGUAAACAUUGUUCAAACAAUAAAAUAUUUAAAUCUCAUUUUGUAUGGAGAGCUUUGUUACACAGCAUGAGAGGGAACAUGUGUGUCAAUAAUCUGAGCUGUAAAUCCCGUGACAGCUUUAAACAAUCCAGGUUUUGAUUUUAGUAAAAAGCAGAAGAUUUUUAAAAAAAAAAUCACUUUCACUUUGUGUCACUGGAAACGUCUGGUGGGGACAAGAUCAAUCUGAAAGUAGUUCAGUAGUUCAGAGACAGUCAACAGCAACUGAGGGAUCGUUAUCAGUUGUUUUCUCACACACCCCAACUUCAGGCGGCUACUUUUCAUGAUGAUGCACUUUGGUUUCACAUUGGACAUAAAUUGAAAUAAUAUAUGCUAUCAAAUAUGUGUAGAUUUUUAAAUGGAUAUAUUUAGUGAAAUCCCCUGUGACUACGUUCAAAUCUGAUUUUUGUCUCAGCUUUUAGACUCUGUGCCCAAUUGAAAGCUGAUUGGUAGACAACUGGACUCAGGUGUGCAGCUCUGCUCUGAUGAGGCUGGUUGUUUUCAUCAAGUUUUAAAUGCUCCACUGGUUUGCUGCCUUGUGGGUCAGAAAGGAGUUUUUGCAGUCUGAACCAGUUUGCUGUUUCGAGUGACAUUCAUGGAGACCUUGUUUUUCAGGGUUAACCUCCUUGCUGGACUCCUUUUGUCAGGAAUCUGUGUUCAAUUGUCUUCUGCUUUACCACCAGUACAGUACACAGAACAUGCUUUGUUUCAGAGACAGAGUCCCAAACACACUGUGCAUGAGCAACAAAAGGCUCCAGCUGAGGAACGAGAGCAGGUAAAUACUGUCAGAGUGACCUGCCAUCCAGACUUGUUGGAGAUUGUGAUCAAAGCUGACUUGUUUGGAGUUGGAGCGCCUGUGAACAAUGAUGAGUUACGCCUCGGAGUGGAGCACAAUGAUUUCUGCAGAGCUACAGCAUCGUCAGGAGACGAGUACAGGAUCAUCGUUGGACUAAUGGACUGCGGCACCAAACACUGGAUGACUGAAGACUCUCUGGUCUACACAAACCUCCUCAUAUACUCCCCUGUGGCCUCUCCAGAUGGGCUGAUUCGAAUGGAUGAGGCUGUAGUUCCAAUUGAGUGUCAUUAUGAAAGGAAGUACAGUUUGUCCAGUUCUUCCCUCACACCUACCUGGAUUCCCUUCAUGUCUACCCAAGCUGCAGUGGAAACCUUGGAGUUUGACCUGCGAAUCAUGACAAAUGACUGGCUGUACACGAGAAGCUCUAACGUGUUUUACCUCGGUGAGCCCAUCAGCCUCGAGGCCUCUGUCAGAGUUGGACAUCACAUGGGGCUCAGAGUGUUUGUGAGCAGCUGUGUGGCUACACUCAGCCCAGACAUAUACUCUGUUCCCAGAUACGUAUUUGUUGAAAAUGGCUGUUUGGUCGACUCCAAGCUUCUUGGUUCAAAGUCCCACUUCUUACCCAGGACACAAGAUGACAAGCUCCAGUUGGUCAUUGAUGCCUUCAGGUUUCAUAAUGAGGACAGAGGAGAGCUGUACAUCACAUGUCACCUGAAUGCUGUUCCGGUAAAUGAUGCAGAGGCACCACAUAAGGCCUGCACGUUUGUAAACGGAAGAUGGUGGUCAGCUGACGGUAAUGACUACCUAUGUGGAUAUUGUCAAAGCCAAAAUGAAGUUGGCCAAACCCACAGAAAGCCCAGCAGCCCUGGGAAGUUUGGCCCUCGUGGGUUUGGAAAGCCUGAUGAACCCGAAGCCUUAUGGAGAAGUGGCUUGAAGAAAAAUAAAGUGUGGGAGCAGGAGGCAAGUGUGGGUCCAAUGCUGGUCUUGCCAGCUAAACAGAAAAGUGGGCCUCUGCCUGUGGAAGAGCUCCCCCCUGUUCUCAAUAAAAUCAGCAGACCUGCUCUGUACGGCAGCCAAUGGAGAAGUGGAAUGGACAGAGUUGUUCUGGAGAAGGAACAGCUUCCUGGGACACCAUCUCCACCAGACCUGGUGGAGGAGAGUAAAGAGGAUGAAAGUGGAACAGAAGAUGGAGAUGCAGAAAAUAAAGUUGCUGAGGUCACACUGAAAUCAAAGCCUGCAGCUCUGGACAAUAACACCACAGCAGCCCCUGGUGACAUCAGCCCCCCUGCUCAGGCUAAGCUGGAUGUGACUUUGGUGUCAAAUGCAACUGCUAUUGAAUCUGACCUGUCAGAUACAGAUGGCCCAAAGAGAUAAUAAACAAUUAAACUAAGCUUGUGUUUGAUUUGACAGAACAAUGGACGUGAGAGAACAGAUUUUAGGGCUGACUGCAAGCACAAAAGUGUGCAGUGUAAACUUGUUGCUUCAGGCAGGUAAAGCUGAUGCUGCAGAAUGUAUGGCAUGUCCCAAAUCCACUCUUACUUCAUGCUGAUCAAAUGGAGCAACAGUUGCUUUACUUGGACCACAUCAAACUUUGAGAGCAAACUGAGCCUAAAACUGAUUUCAAAACAUUCAAAAUCAUUAAGCAAGAAAUAUGGUUUGGUUAAAAUCGUGGUACAGUAUUUCUUCUGCCCAAAUGUUGGAUGAAACAACGAUUCUGGACUGGAUUUUAAACUUUGGUAGGUGGACAGAAGCAUAUGAGAGUAGAGUCUAACUGAUGUGAUCAAUCAGACCAUACCAUUCUUUGUUUGGCAAAAACAAAAAUGAAGUGAUAAUUCACAGUACAGCUGUGUGGGGAGGCUCCAAAACAUCGCACAAUAAGAUAAUGAAAUAAGUCAUAACCUCAAACAUGUUUCAGAGGAAGUAUAG